GGGAAGUCAAAGAGGAAGAAGGAGAAGGCGAUUUGAAGAAGAACGUUGAAAAGAACUACCUACGUCAAUGCAGUGGCGAGACGGUUAUGAUGUCGACGGCGUCGAUCCUUGGUGACGAAGACAAUGACUAA